AUGUCGUGCUUAAGCUGCUGUGGUACUUUUCCUGGCAGGAACGAAGAUCACGAUCGCCACCAUAGCCAUCACUCACAAACGGCUCAUGGGAAUUUAAGAGAUCAUGUAGCGCCUAAUACUUGGCAAGGUCGGGUACAACCCAUUGCUGUGUCGCCAAUCCCAGUCGAGGAGGUGUUGGAGAGCACCGAGAAUUUCGACCAGAGCCGUCUCAUUGGAGAGGGCUCGUAUGGUCGAGUUUAUCUUGCAAAGCUGCGCAAUGGGCAGUCCGUGGCUCUCAAGAAGCUCGAUUCGAGCCCGCAACCGCAUGAGGACUUCGUCUCUCAGGUGUCAAGGCAGUCGAGGCUCAAACACGAGAAUAUGGUGGAGCUCCUUGGAUACUGCAUUGACGGCCCUCUGCGUGUUCUCGCGUUUGAGUUCGCGGAGAUGGGAUCGCUCCAUGAUAUUCUUCACGGCAGGAAAGGUGUGCUUGGAUCGAGGCCAGGGCCUGUGCUGGACUGGAUGCAAAGAGUAAAGAUUGCGGUUGGAGCGGCCAGAGGGCUAGAGUAUUUGCACGAGAAGGCCCAGCCACCCGUCGUCCACCGAGACAUCAAGUCGAGCAACGUCUUGCUGUUCGAGAACUACGCAGCUAAGAUUGGAGACUACAACCCGAGCAACCAGGCACCGGACAUGGCUUCACGGUUGCAUUCGACUCGGGUUCUGGGAUCAUUCGGCUACCACGCACCAGAGUAUGCAAUGACCGGGCAAUUAACUCAGAAGAGCGAUGUCUACAGCUUUGGAGUUGUUCUUCUGGAGCUUCUCACGGGAAGGAGGCCAGUUGAUCCUACAAUGCCUCGCGGCCAGCAAAGUCUGGUGACAUGGGCAACGCCGAGGCUGACCGAAGACAAAGUGACGCAGUGCGCGGAUCCAAAUCUCAAGGGAGAGUACCCUCCUAAAGGCCUGGCCAAAUUUGCUGCAGUUGCUGCCUUGUGUGUCCAAUACGAAGCCGACUUCCGGCCAAGCAUGGGCAUUGUGGUCAAGGCUCUCCAGCCACUGCUGGGCCCUCGCACCGCUCCACCACCUGCGUUUGCUCUAGACGACACUCUCAAUCGUUUCGCCUAAAACUGUUACAGCUUACAAACUUUAAAAUGAGUAC